AUGCUCGAAAAUAUCGUUGCAUGGGUGCUCAACAACUACAUUGGCGAAUACCUUGAAGAUCUCAACACUGAUCAGCUCUCUGUUGCUUUAUUAUCAGGUCAAGUAGAGUUAGAGAAUGUGCCAUUAAAGAAGAGUGCAUUACGGAAGCUUGAUCUACCUCUUGAAGUGAAAGCUGGCUUGUUAGGCAAGCUCACCCUUUCUGUACCGAUAACACAUCUAAGGAGCGAACCUUGGGCAUUAAAACUCAGUGAUGUACUCAUCAUUGUCGGUCCACCAACGCCUGACCGCAGGUAUGAUGUUGAAGCAGUGGAGCGUGUGGAACAGCAAAAGAAGGAGCAAAUGCUGGACGAAUUGGAGAAGAAGCACACGGCAGAAUUAUUAUCGUUCCUUGGGUUAACUGUUCCGACAUCGCAAGACACAUGGUGGGGUGCUUCAUUAAUUUCAACAGUGCUGAAUAAUAUUCAGCUGAUUCUUAACAAUGUCCACAUUCGUUACGAGGACAAUCUUUCAUUGCCUAAUGGGCUGGUGUUCACUUGCGGAGUACGAAUACAGACGAUGACAAUGCAGACGACAAAUGCAGCUGGGAAGCCUGGAUUCGUCGAACCUCAAACUGGUGUAAACAUUUUCAAAAAGUUGGAACUGAAAGGUUUCAGUCUAUAUUGGAAUUCAGAUCAAAAACUAUCAAAAGAUAUAAACACGCCAAAGAAUUUGCGGGACAUUCUUGCCCCAGAGAAUCCGGAUAGUGCCUUUAUUAUUCAUCCAUGUAGUGCUGAGCUUCGAAUGGAGCGUAAUUCCAGCAAGUUCCCGCUGAAAGGCCAAACUCCUCGGUUUAAGUUUAUUCUGCGACCAGAAAAGAUCACUGUCGAGAUGACUCGGCGUCAGAUGGCAGAAUUACGGGCAUUGAAUCGGGAGUGGGCUCGGUUUGAGCGAGCUCGGCAGCAUAGAAAAUGGCGGCCUUUGAUGCGAAUUGGAGAAAAUGCAGCCGCUUGGUGGCGAUUUGCUUAUGAUCGAGUAAGCGAUGACGCACGUCGAGUGCAAUCCCGUCGUUCGUGGCACUUCGCCUUGACACGCGCCCGUCACUUAAAUGCUUAUUGUAGAGCGUAUCGACGACGUCUCUUGUCGCUGAUUGACGAUCCGACGUUAAGAACGGCCGUAGAUCAUACAGAAGAUGAUAAAAUGCAGCCAUCACCGGGUAAAUCGGGCACUCCGACUCCUGGAUCGCACGACGACGUCACCAUCAUGAAACAAAUAGAGCACGAUUCACAAUACACCUACCACGAACUGCACCUAUUUCGUGAAACCGUAUUCCGAAGGAUUAUGCGCGAAAAAUACAAAGAGAAAGGAGUGGAUACCUCGAAGACAAACGAUGACUUAUUUGAGAAUAUUGACAGUCCUGUUGAGGAGAUACCAUCGUCUGAAAUACUCCAUAGUAUGCAGAAGCAAGAGGGCGGAGGUCUCUAUGGGUGGAUUACGAGUUUUUUCACGCAGGAGGAGAACAAGAUAGAGAAAGAUGAAGCUUUUGAUUUUGGGAAGUUGGAUUUGAAUGAGUUCAAGGACUUACCGAAGUCAUUUAAUGUGAAGGAAAUGGAAGAAGAAAUUCUCGAUGUAUUGCAUGAAUCGUGGGACGACUCCACCUUACUCAGGCGUGAUAUGCUUUUGGCAGAGAUAGGAAUGCGUCUCGAGCAUAUGACAUUACGCUUCAUUGACAAUGUGAAGCUCGGACAAGCAGAACAACGACGAGUCCUUGCUAUGGAUCUUACGGGUGUAACGUCCCGAGUUGAACUGAGUCCUCGUCAACAUUCUCUUGUAGUUUCUGUAGCUGUUCACGACAUGACCAUUCAACGACUAAGAACAGGACAUCCACCGCCGAAAGAUGGACAUUCCAACGAUGAUCUGGACGAAUCGUUCAUGUUCUCCAUGGCUGAGUCGACAAAAAUUCUCUUGGCAGUUGGAAGGAAAGACAGUGUCGAUGAUAACCCUGAUCCGAUGUUUAGGAUGUUGUAUCGUCGUCGUUCUCCUCGGCUUACCGUACGCCAUAGCAUUGAAGGUACUUUCCGCCCAGUAUCCGUAAUGUAUGAAGAGAAUGCACUGGCUGGACUUUCUACACUAUUCGCUGAUGAUCCUGAUUUGUUCAGCGCGAGUGCGAACGUGGAUGCUGACGUUGACCUUUCUUCUGCACAACAAAUUUCUACCAUAGAGUCGCAUGUAUUUGUGAAUUUGCACAUACCCAGUGUAACAAUGGAAUUACGACGUCGAGGAUGGGGAGAACAGAGGCACGUCUCUCCUGAAUGGGAAGCUGGAGAUCCGUUUGCUUGUCUCACUGUACAUAAUGUCUCUAUGGGUUAUGUUACAAGAGAGGCGCAUAUAUCCAAGAUCAAACUCGGAGUUGGCCAUUUGGAACUUGCUGAUCUUAUGGAGCGCACUCCACAUCCUCUAUUAUCGACGGGGAAAGGAUUGCAUGGAAUAUCGAAACAACUAUCGUCUUCUUGUCCAGAUCUAUCUAACGCGCCUAUAACAGAAGCGAAUAUUUCUUCAUCGCUUCCAACUAGGACGGUUUUAGAAACGUUCCCUUCUGUUCAUACGUCUCGGAAGAUCAGCACAGCUGUCGAUAGCAAGAGAACAAUGGAAGAAAGAGAAGCCACGAUGUUAAUCACCAUUGUCGAUCCAAAGCACCCACAGUUCGAGUCAAAAUACAUGAAGAGAGAAUCGCUAAAACUAGCUAUAGUUCUGGUCAAUUUUUACCAACUUGCUAUUUUCUACGUUUACGAAAGGAGUUAA